UUUGGAAAACAUAGUAAGUAGAAACUGUCAUCGUUUGCUGCGAAGAACUCCAUUUGUUGUGAAGAUCUCGAACAAUUCGUUUCGUUUCAGAGUGAUAAAAAUCCUACAGAUUCAUUUAACUUUUAGUUGUUGAAACGCGAAAUCUCUUUAGAGAGAGGAAGCAUUGUUUUGUUUUGUUGCAGAGUAGAAUGGGAGCUGAUUCGAAGUCGAAGGGAGGAUGGUGCGGGUGGUUCAUUGUGUUAGUGGUUGUGCUUGUCAUCGCCGGCGCCGUGGCACUUACUGUAGUAAAGAAAACUCAUCAUUCAAAGGGAGGCGCCGCUGCUCCCGUUCCUGGGCCUCCCGGCGCCAUUACCCAGAAAUACGCGGACGCACUUAAACUCGCCGUCCAAUUCUUGGAUGUACAAAAAUCUGGUAAGUUGGUUAAUAACCCGAUAUCUUGGAGAGGGGAUUCGGCUCUAGCAGAUGGGAAAGCAGUGAGUCUUGAUCUGUCAAAAGGAAUGUACGAUGCUGGUGAUCACAUGAAAUUUGGUUUUCCUAUGGCUUUCACUGCAUCUGUGUUGUCAUGGGCCAUCCUUGAAUAUGGAGAUCAGAUGAGCGUAGUCAAGCAGCUGGAACCUGCUCAAGAGUCGCUUAAACGGAUAACUGAUUACCUGAUCAAUGCCCAUCCUUCUGACAAUGUGCUUUAUAUUCAGGUCGGUGAUCCUCAACUAGACCAUAAGUGUUGGGAGAGACCUGAAAACAUGUCCGAGAAGAGGCCUCUUACUCAGGUGAAUACAUCUUCUCCAGGGGCAGAUGUUGCGGCAGAAACUGCAGCUGCUAUGGCAGCAGCUUCUCUGGUGUUCAAGACUACUGACUCCACGUAUUCAGGAUCGCUUCUUAAGCAUGCCAAACAACUAUUCACUUUUGCAGAUACUUACAGAGUUUCUUAUAGUGCCAGCAUCCCUGAAGUUCAGACAUACUACAAUUCUACAGGAUAUGAAGAUGAGCUCCUGUGGGCUGCUAGCUGGCUCUAUCAUGCCACUGGGGACAAGUCGUACCUCGAAUAUGUCACUGUACAAAAUGGAAAAGCUUUUGCAGAUUGGGGAAAUCCAACAUGGUUUAGCUGGGAUAACAAGCUCGCAGGAACUCAGGUUCUUUUGUCUAGGAUAAACUUAUUUGGUGCAAAAGCGGCCUCAAAUGCACAGAACAGUGGCCUCCAGAUGUACCGAAAGACAGCUGAGGCUGUUAUGUGUGGCCUCCUGCCAAGUUCCCCAACAGCCACAAAAAGCAGAACAGAUGGUGGUCUCAUAUGGGUCAGUCAAUGGAAUUCUCUGCAGCAUCCUGUUGCUUCUGCAUUCCUAGCUGUUCUUUACAGUGAUUACAUGCUCACAUCCCAGACUGCAACUUUCAGUUGUAAUGGGGAUUCCUUCUCUCCAGAAGAUCUCCGCAAAUUUGCCACUUCCCAGGCUGAUUAUGUAUUGGGAAACAAUCCAAUGAAAAUGAGCUAUCUUGUUGGGUAUGGAAGUAAGUAUCCACAAUAUGUGCAUCACAGGGGAGCUUCAAUUCCGGUAGAUGCAAAUACUGGCUGCGAUGAUGGCUUCAAGUGGCUAAACUCAACUGAUCCCAAUCCAAAUGUUGCUAUUGGAGGACUUGUGGGUGGACCCUUCCUUAAUGAGACCUUUAUCGAUUCCCGGAACAACUCCAUGCAAACGGAACCAACUACUUACAACAGUGCUGUUGUCAUUGGCCUCCUAUCUGGUUUGGUCACCACCUCCUCUGUGGUCUCAUCUUUCACUUAAAUUAGAUCAUCUAGCUGUGGUCCCUAUUUGUUGUAUAAUAUGUUCUCUUAUAUUUUUGUUGGCUGCCUCAUUCAGUGGCUUUUCAUGUGCAAUAGAUCUCAUGUAAUGAUAGAGCUUGUGUCAAUUAUUGAUUAUACGUUUACGCCUUUACUUUCA